AUGACGUUGUUGACUCUACCUCCAUUCUCCUUACCCUCCUCAGCCAGACUCCCAGCCCUUAUUUUUUCAACCCUUACAUAUCUGGCCAUCCUUUUUUGCAAUCUGAUGGUUUUUGUGACUAUUGCUGUUAACCAUAACCUCCACAAGCCAAUGUAUUUGCUACUUGUUAAUUUAAAUGUGGUUGACAUGUUGGGAGCAACUGCCUUCUUUCCUCAAUUCCUUUCCACUAUGCUGUAUGAUCCCAGAGUCAUCCCAUACUGGGCAUGUGUGGUACAGGCUUUGCUUGUGCACACAUAUGGUGCUGGCUCAUUAACCGUUCUGACAACCAUGGCUGUCGAUCGCUACCUUGCCAUCUGUGCCCCACUGUCUUACAACAACAUAAUGACCAACAGUAACCUGGUUAAGAUCAUAAGUGCAGUUUGGCUUACAAGCUUCAUCUUGAUUUUCAUCCUCAUCGUGUUGGCUCUCCGUUUAAGGAUUUGCAGGACCAGUGUCACUGACAUUUACUGUAACAACCCCACAUUUACAAAAUUAGCCUGUGAAUCCACUCAUGUCAAUAACUUCUAUGGUUUGUUUACUAUUGCCUUUUUCCAGGGGGUAUCGUUAAGUGUAGUUGUUUUCACAUACUUACAAAUCCUGGUGACCUGUGUUUUCAAGAAACAGUCGGAUGCCAGAAGCAAAGCAAUUCAGACAUGCGGGGCUCAUUUAUUUGUGUUUUUAUUCUUGGAAUUGAAUGCAUUUAUUGCUUUAAUCGCACAUCGCGUUGCAAAUGCCUCCAUCUUCCUACGUAGGGCAUUGGGGGUUUCUGUGAUGAUAUUCCCUCCUUUGAUGAAUCCACUAGUGUAUGGCUUUAAUACUAAGGAAAUCAGAAAACACAUAUUGUUGCUCCUGAAAAGGAAAAUAUCGCCCAUUUAA